AAGGAAGGUUUCUUGGAGUGGAAUAUCGAACCGAAGUCCAAUAUUUGCUUAACGAGCAGUUCGUCCAGUCGUUGGGCCGCUGCGCCAGUGGUAUACCACUCGCGCUCAACAGUACAGAUCGUUCACCGAAGAUGUCCCCUGCCGUGAUGUUGGCACUAUUACUUGUCACUUUUGUCAAUCUGUUGUUGUCAGAUUGUCUGUUGUGACGUGUGCGUUUAGUUUUUGUGUUAAUAUUUAAUAUCCUUCAAAUUAAUCAUGUCAAAGCCAUUUAAAAGCAGUGCAAGAGAGAUUGUGUUGAAGGUUCGUGCCUUUUGUGAGAGAGAAAAGGCAAACGAAGCCCCGUUAAUUAGACUCGAUCAAGUGCGAGCACGAGUCGCCGCAAUGACAGGCAUGUCGGAGAAAACCGUGAGUAGAAUAACUAAAAAAGGUGAAGUUGCUGCCUCUACGUCUCAAGAACUCAAGUCUCCUGGAAAACACCGUCAAAAACGUAAAACGGUGGAUCUUGAUGAUUUCGAUUUAUGCGCAUUAAGAAAUAAAAUCCAUGAAAUGUAUACUGUCAGAAAAGUUGUUCCUACCUUGAAUAAAUUACUUAUUGAAUUAAGGAAUGAUAUAAACUUUGGUGGAGGUCGAACUACUUUGUGGAAAAUUUUAAAACGAAUCGAAUUUAAAUACAAAAAUUGUGGUUCGAAGCGGAAAAUUUUAAUGGAAAGACACGACAUAGUUACAUGGAGACGCAAGUAUAUCGAUACUAUGAGACAAAAUCGUGUAGAAGGUCGGCCAAUAGUUUUCUUAGAUGAAACAUACAUUCACGCAUCAAAUGCAGUGCAAAAAUGUUGGCAAAAAGGUGACGAGGACGGAGUACUAACAAGUGAUUCUCCUGGAACGCGAUGGAUUAUUGUUAAUGCAGGUGGAGAAAUGGGGUUCGUUUCGAAUGCUCAAUUGAUUUUUAAAUCACAGAGUAAAUCAGGGGACUACCAUGACGAUAUAAAUAGAACAAAUUUUAUGAAAUGUCUUUCAGAGAAACUUAUACCCAAUUUGCCUCCAAACUCGUUAGUCGUCAUGGAUAAUGCUCCCUAUCAUACAGUACAAGUGAAUAAAGCACCUACUAUGAGUUCCUCAAAAGUCCAAAUGCAAGAAUGGAUUACAAAUAAGGAAUUAUCUUAUUUACCGACAAUGUUGAAAGCAGAGCUUUAUCAAAUUAUAAAAAAGCACAAAGAAGCGCCCAUUUAUGAGGCUGACCAAUUAUUGAUAAGUCAUGGCCAUAAAGUGUUUAGGUUGCCCCACUAUCACUGUGACUUAAAUGUUAUUGAGUUUAUGUGGAGUCUUUUAAAGAGACGAGUAGCUAGCAAUAAUCCAGUGUACAAUAUAAUAAUGCGUUUAGGAUGAUGUUGUCACUGCCGCGCUUUUGUAGUGCAUCCACAAUGUUUGCGACAUCUCACACCGAUGACUUCUUUGCAAUAAUGCGGAAGAGAAGUGCAUCGUUAUUGCGUCGAGUUCGUGACAGUGGCAACAGUCUUUUAAGAAUCAUAUCGAGCAAGAUCGAGGGACUGCUGAUCAAUAGCCUUUGCAGUAGGCACUUGGAAGGAGAAAAAAAAUAUAUAAUGGUAUAAAAUGUAUAUAAUGAUAUGAAUGUAUAUAAUGAAUUUUUUUUUUUUUAAGUUACUAACAUAGAUUAUAAGUAAUUAUUACUAACAAAAUGUUAUGGUUUAAAAAAAAAAAAAAAACUGAAAUAAAGUGUUAAUAAAUAAUAAUAAUAAUAAUAAUAAAUAAUGUCGGCCAAGAAGCUGGUAAUAUCGUGAUAUUAACUGAAGAAGCUUUUUCAUCGAUAAUUCCUCAGGAUUGGCAAAAACAGUGUGAACACGUAAAACAUUUAGAAGACAAAUUUUGUGAACGUGAUGGCUGCAUGGAUAAUAUUACGGAUAAAUUCAUAAUUGAACUAGGAAACGACAGCAGCACAGAUUCGGAUACGUCAGACGACGCUUAUGCAAGUGACAGUGAUAUGUCUGGAAUCGUUUCUUUCGACCAUAAUUACUGUCAGUAAAAAUGCAAUUAAUAAAUAAUUUCAAAUUUAAA